AUGAAUUUACUCUUUCGUCGAAGCACUGUUGUUGCCUUCAUUCUGCUGGCUUUGCCUGCUUUGCUGGCCGCAGUAUCGCGGCUGCAGACUCAGCUUGCUGAUCCCCUUGGCUGGGCUUGGCUGGGGUUUGCCGUGCUGCUGAUCAGCGCCACAUUGAUAGGGUCUGGUACCAGACGCCUGAGCCGCGCAAUAGUGGGUAUUCUGGUUGGGUCGGCAUUGGCAUUGUCGCUGUUGUUUGGCGCUUCGUUUGUCUUCGGCGUCCUCGGCGUGAUUGGAUGGGUUGCUGUUGUGGUCACCACCUCUGGUGACUUUCUCACACGGGAUGCGCGUCGUCCUGAAUCGCUGGCAGAUUUUUAUAGCGCUGCAGUGAAAGCCCGUCGGGUGCGCAACAACCCGGAGCAGCGGGAUAUUGUGGAGCGGCUGGAUCAGCUUGCUGCGGCGUUUGCGCGCUACGAAAGCAAGCGUCACUUACCCUGGGCAAGUUUCCUCGCUCCACCAGAAGGCAUCUAUCUGCAUGGACCGGCGGGGCGGGGCAAGAGUUUUCUGCUCGAUGGUAUGUACGAUAUUUCAUCAUCGGCGGUGAAGCGACGUUUUCAUUUUCAUGAAUUAAUGAGUGCGCUGAACGCCCGAGUUAACGCGACGCCGUCGAUUUCGUUUGAGCGCGCUGUGCGCUCUCUGACCCCGCGCGCCAGCCUGGUUGUGGUGGAUGAAGUCAAUGUGCUGGAUGUUGCCAGUGCCAUCCUGUUCAGCCGGCUGAUGCGAUUCUGGUGGCAGCGCGGUUGCACGGUGUGUAUCAGCUCCAAUCAGAGUCCAGAACAGUUAUUCCGCAGUGUCUCUUCCAGUCAUGCUGAAAUCAGCAGGCUGACACAUUCAAUUCGCGACCACAUGCAGGUCAUGGCCCUUGAUGGGUCCGAUGAUUAUCGGUUGCAGAAACUCUCUGCGGACGAUUUGUAUCAGUAUCCUGAAGACGCUGCGACGUCCGGGCGAUUUUUAGACAUUGUUGAGCUGCUUGCUGAAAGCCUGCUCAGCGCCGAACCCAUAAAGAUAGGCGACCGCCUGGUACCGUGUCAGCAACAAGCCCUGGGUGUGGCCUGGUUUGAUUUUGCGGAUCUCUGCGGAGGGCCACACAGCUACGAAGAUUAUCUGGCGCUGGCAGCUCGCUUCCCGAAUCUGCUGGUCUCCGGCAUACCGCAGAUCAGCCAGCUGGAUCAGGCCAGACGGUUUGCCUGGCUGGUGGAAAUUGUAUAUGACGCAAAAAAACGACUGAUCUUAGCGGCGCAGGUACCGCGGGAUGAUCUUUUUGCAGAGUCUUUGUCCGGCAAAGAUCUGGAUAUCGAUUACGUGAAAAUUGUCAGCCGUCUGGCGGAAAUGCAGUCUUCUGAGUACAACUACUCUCUGGCUUGA